AUGAUGACGGACAAGCUGCUGGCGCACAGUACCUGCCUCUGUGUGUGAGCGUGCACGUUGCGGGGAGAGGAAACCACUGUGACCUCAGCCCUGUUCCAUUUGACUGCUCAAGCCUUGCUGCAGAUUUCCUAUGAUGCUUCAGCGUCUGUGGUGGAAACUACGUCACGCUUCCUCCCCCUACCAGAGGAGUAAAACUCCUCAGUGAGGAGCAGAGGAGGACAGACUGGGUUCGGACACCAUGCUGGACUCGCUCAUCUUCCUCCUGGAGAAGCUCUUUCUCUUGGCGCACGUGCGCCUCUCCAGCCUGCUGCCUCCUCCGCGCGGGGACGCGCUUCCUCCUCCUCCCGCCGCGCCUCCGUUCCAGCGCGGAGACCUGCUGGAGGUGCCGCGUACCCUCUUCACGCACUUCGGCAUCUACCUGGGUGACGGCCGCGUGGCGCACCUGAUCCCGGACAUCCUGCCGGCGCUCACCGCCGACGCGCGGCGCGUCCAGCAGAUGGUGACCAACACGCGCCUCCUGUUCGGCGUGCUGUGCAAGCGCGCCAGCGUCCGCGUGGACUCCGUGGAGGACUUCGCGUACGGAGCCGGGAUCCUGCUGAACGCCCUGGACCGGAGCGUGCGGCGGCGGCCGCUGCCGGCAGAGGAGGUGGCGCGGCGCGCGGAGCGGCUGCUCGGCGCGGUGCCGUACAGUCUGCUGUGGAACAACUGCGAGCAUUACGUCACUUUCUGCCGCUACGGCAGCGCGCGCAGCCUGCAGACCGACCAGUUCUGUGAGUGGCUGAAGUCACUGAUCCGGAACCAAAGGACUGCUUUUGUGACAGCAUUCCUUGGACUGGUGUCCACGGCGUGUUUGGGAAUAUCGCUCAGCACGGCCCUGCCGACCCUCCUUAUUCCCUUCACCCUCUGGAUGGCGAGCUAGAAGCAAACUGACAAGGAUGGACGCACCAAACUGAUACACUGGAUCCAUAUUGUGCCUGAAGUAACUGAUCCACAUUAAAUACUUUAUAGGGUUCCUCAAUUUCAGUGCCAGAAUUUCUGUGAAAUACUCUUUAACUGAAAUGUGGUUGUGAAAGUGUUAAUCUUCCCAAAUUAUGAAUAGUGUUGAAAAAUUUCAUCAAAAUAAACUGUACGAGUCCAAAAAUCAUUUAACACGUGGAAUGACACUGAGCUGCUGAGGUCAGAUGAUCUGACAUUUGUCUGGAGGUGCAGGGAUUAAGACUUGCAAUUAAACAAUGAUUCAAGAAGAACACAAAUGGUUGAAGUUCAUAGUGAACAACAAAUGUUCUACAGAACAAGAUGUGUGGACUAUUUAGUGGAAAAACUGAUUCUUAACCCUCUGGAGUCCAGGGUAUAAUUGGCUGUUUUUGACUACUUUUGGUUUUACCUUCAUAAUUAACCUUUAAAAAAAAAAUAUUUUUUAUUUUUCCUUGUUUGGGUCCUUUUUUCAGCACAACCUCACUUUAAUAACUUUAGUGUGUUUCUUUCUUUCUGACAUAAUGUAUUAACACAAUUAACCUAAUUUCACACAAACAUAAAAUCCAAAUAGUGUUUUUUUUUAAACUGUGAAAACCACAAGCAUGUUUAACAAACCAUUUUAAUAACUCAGAAUGCAAAUAUAAAUUGUAAAUUUCAAAAACAUAUGUACAAAUGUAUCAAACAACAAAGUUAUAUACAGCUAUUUACAUCAAAAUGCAGGAAAUGCUUCACUUUUUUUUUUGUACUAUUUCCAAAAUGAUAAGCCACACAAUUUGUGCCACUCAAAAACAAUCUCUCUCUAGCACAAGGCACGGAGGUCUUGCGAUGACACUGUCAUUCCUCCUGUUGUCUACCUGGAGGUAGCAUUGGCACCUCAGUUUCUUUGGUGGUUUUAUUUAUUUUUUAAAUAUAUUUCCCUCAGCAACACCCCCACGUGGGGAUGUUGAUCAACCUACAUGGGGUCGGUGCUUUUGAUUGGUUUACGUCAUGUGGUUUUCCACCAAUAACAAAGGGGAAGUCGUUCCCCCCCCCCCCCCAACCCUGGCAGGAGAAGAGAAAUGAGGAAGACGUUCACACGCAUGCUGAACACAGCACCUCCAUAACCAAAUAUGUGGAUUGAUGAUUUUUGUUUGGUUUAGGUUGUGCAUUUUCUACCAAAUAGUCUUUUUUUUUUUUAUUCCUUGUAAUUGCUCCAGCCAGAGGAGGAGGAAGAGGGAGGAAAGAAGAGAACCCCAUUCACACGCAUGCUGGACCAAGUGCACCAUGAAGCACUACACAUUAUAAUAUUCAGGAAAAAGCCUGGAAAAAAAUAUUUAUCUUUAAUCAAGUAUAUAGUUUGAAGUCUGCGCUUUCAACACACGUUCAAACGGAAACUGAGGGGAGGGGAUUUGAUUGGAUGACUGUUUAAUUUGGUCAUGUGACUUUGACACAUCUCCACAUCAAAUGACUCCAGAGGGUUAAUUCAGUGAUAGCUUUAGCAAAAUUAGCAUCACAAGUGCACUUGUUUUCUGUUUAUUCUGAAACAUCAUGUUGAAUUACUUCUAAAUUCUGUCUGCAGAGAUUCUGUGUUUGCGGUAGAAAGGCCAUAAACUGACUUUGAGCUAUAACCAGCCCACGGGCUGUCAGUUUGACUCCUUGCUUCGUCAUGUUUCAAGCAAAAAUCAUUCACAGAUUGUUUGACAAGAUUUGAAUUUAAAUGUUAUUUUGAAAAUGGUGACAGCCAUCAGAAUGUGACUAAGGAGAAAAUGGUGGAUCAGUGUGGCCCACCGUGUAGGUAUUUUUGACUGACAGUAAUCAAAAUAGAAGAAAUUAUUCAUUAGUGUAGAAAUUAACACUGAGAUGUUAGGAUCCAUUUCUCCACUGAGGUCCAAAUGUUUUCUUAUGAUGCUGAAAAGUGUUAACAUUUUGUGAUCGCAUAAAAAAUGUUGCAGGCCAGAUUGACAGGUUCAGGUUCUUCAGUUGAUAACUUGUCAUGUAGAUGUCAUAAAAGACUGAACUGUAUUUUGGAUAAAGUGUUGUCUGUCAGUCAGAUUUUUCUGUAAAUGUUUGUACAUAUGUUUAUGAUGCGAGUGAAUUUGAUAUUCAUAAAUGUUUUUUUUCUUUGUCACUGUUUCUGUAAUAAAGAACAAUGUGUGUUUGUUACAUGAAAAGCGUUUGGAUUUAUUGAUUUUCUUCUAAAUUAAAUUAAGACAAACACGC